AUGAAAUCAUACCUUAUUUUAUCAAUAUUAUUAUCUGUAUUUGCUGCUGUUUUAAUCGCAAAUACACAAGAAUAUGAUGAAAAUUCUAUUGGAUAUGUUCCAGAAAAAAGAGCCAUGAGAAAUGCUCUUGUUCGUUUUGGAAGAGCUGGAAUGAGAAAUGCUUUAGUAAGAUUUGGAAAACGUUCAUUGGACAAUGAUAUUCAAGAAUUUGCUUUAAAACGUAAUGCAGCACCCCAACCAUUUGUUCGUUUUGGAAGAUCAAGUAGUUUAUCUCCAGAUGGUUAUUUUAUACCUUAUGGUAAUAUUUAUGAAAAUAAUGAAGCAUAA